AUGCACUUUCCUAGUUUACGGGAGGUUACGGCGCGAAGCCAGGGAUAUAAAUCUCUCCGUCCGCACACCUCACAAAACACCUACGAGAUGGCAUCCAAGUCCCCCGAUCCUGCCGUCGAGUCGCCCGAGCCGACGGAUCUAGCGUCCGCAACCGAUGGCGAUGCGAACUAUAAAGCCAAGGCCGAGGUGCUCAACCGUGCCCUCCAAGACAUAGGCAUGGGCCGGUACCAAUGGCAGCUUUUCGUUGUUAUUGGCUUCGGCUGGGCGAGUGAUAAUCUUUGGCCUAUUGUGACGUCCUUGAUCUUGCCAGCUGUCACAGCCGAGUUCAAUCCAUCGAAAGCUCCAGUGUUGACACUGGCGCAGAACAUCGGUCUGUUGAUUGGUGCGGUCUUUUGGGGAUUUGGGUGCGACAUCUUCGGUCGGCGAUGGGCAUUCAAUCUGACCAUUGCUAUCACGGCUGUCUUUGGUCUAGUUGCUGCAGGAUCGCCGAAUUUCGGUGCCAUCUGCGCGUUUGCCGCGUUAUGGUCCAUCGGCGUGGGCGGGAAUCUUCCCGUUGAUUCAGCGAUCUUCUUGGAAUUCCUACCAGGCUCGCACCAAUAUCUGUUGACCAUUCUCUCGAUUGACUGGGCUCUUGCGCAGGUCCUCACAAAUUUGAUCGGGUGGCCAUUGCUUGGAUACCGGACAUGUGAUUCUGCGGAUGGAUGCACCAAGGCCAAAAACAUGGGGUGGCGAUACUUCAUGAUUGCCAUGGGUGGACUCGCUAUGAUCAUGUUCCUUAGUCGAUUUAUUUUCUUCACCAUCUACGAAUCACCGAAGUAUUUGAUGGGGAAAGGGCGAAAUCAGGAAGCCGUGGAAGUCGUGCAUGAGAUCGCGCGCAGAAACGGAACAGCAUCUGAUUUGACAUUGGAAGACCUGGAUGAAUUAGACCAGGGAUCAGCGCAGCAUUUGAACACUUCAAACAUCGUCCGUCAGCGCCUGGAAAAAGUCAGCUUCGACCAUAUCCGUGCCCUGUUCGACACCCCCAAGCGAGCAUGGGCAACCACUUUGAUCAUUCUCAUCUGGGCUUUCCUGGGUCUAGGCUUCCCCCUUUACAAUGCCUUCCUCCCUUUCAUCCAGCAAUCUCGGGGUGCAGAAUUUGGUGAUGGGUCCACGUACAUCACGUAUCGAAACUCAUUGGUAAUCGCCGUGAUGGGAAUUCCCGGUUGCCUGCUUGGUGGAGUGCUGGUCGAACUUCCCCGAUUCGGCCGGAAGGGAGCUCUUUCCCUGUCCACGAUGUUGACGGGUGCCUUCCUUUUGGCAUCGACAACAGCGACAUCCUCCAACGGUCUUUUGGGAUGGAACUGUGCGUUCAAUUUCAUGAGCAGUCUUAUGUAUGCUGUGCUGUACGCAUACACGCCCGAGAUCUUCCUUACAAAAGAUCGGGGUACAGGUAACGCUUUGACUGCUUCUGCGAACCGAGUCUUCGGCAUUAUGGCGCCUAUAAUAGCCAUGUUUGCCGACCUUAACACAGCGGCUCCAGUUUAUGUGAGCGGCGCACUCUUCAUCGCUGCUGGGCUUCUUGCACUCCUGAUGCCAUUCGAAUCACGAGGCAAAGCGAGUCUUUGA